CCGGUGACCUCUGACCCCUGAAGAGGCUAAGUAAAUCAAACAUACUGUAUGCUGUAGUUGACUGGUACCUUACCUGUCUACUCCUGCUGGCCGACGAGAAACAAGAUGGUGGUCUUCUGAAUACAAACCCGCUACAAAAAUGACUACAUGGCUAUGUGCCUGUGUCCUUUGCGCUUGCGCACUUGGGUGGCACGUCACAGACGCCGCCUGCCCCGACCCCGAAAAUGUCACCAACGCCAUCAUUGUGACAACUGGUCCUUAUAACGGCGGCGACAUUGUGACGUAUUACUGUACGUCAGACGCUAUCAUGAGUGGUGUGCCCUCUAUGCUUUGUGUGGGUAACACUAACCAAUGGCGGGGCUCGCCUCCCACGUGUGAGACGACAACGACCGCCGUCCCCACCACCACCACUGUGAAGAACUACUAUGAACUCGUCAGUGGUGUUUUGGUAGACGAGUGGGUCUUCAUCCUUACAGUUGGCAUAUUCUCAGUGUUACUGAUAAUUCUCAUGGUGAUGGCGCUUCUCAUUCUAUGCUGCUACUGGAGGCGCUACAAUAACGGGACGACAAUCAAAACCAUAGAGAGACAGCCCACUGUACAGAGUAUAGUUUUGAUGGACAUAGAAAAGGACGGCUACAGCGUCACUCCCAACGGCAGCAGUCGGCGGUCUUUUGAAGCAUACUGACAUGCAGUGUACGACGUGAGGUGGCGCUGUUAUGUUAGCCAAGACAGGCCCUUCCAAAACUAUAUGCUGCUCUUGGAUUUUAUUUCAAAUUUUUUAUAUUUUCCCCACCAUAAAUCUGUAUAUGAUUUAUUAACAUGUAAACUUUAUAACUCAAGAUUUGUUUUGUCAUCUCAGUAAAAUACUAGACCGGAUGAAGGUUUUUUUUAUCUCGAAAGAAACUAUUUAUUUAUUCAUUGGGUCAAGGUUGUUUUGGCAUCGUUUGACCUUAAACUAUGUCUGUUCAAAUUAUCAUUCUAAAACGAUAUGAUUUAUAUGUGAAAGUGACAAAGCUAGUCAUCCCAUCUUAUAUCUAUGAUGAAAUCAAUGUUCUCUGGACAACGUGACUUAAUUUGUUAUAUGUUUACUGAUGUGCUUUCAAAAUGAAUAAAUUAUUUUGCUUAAUUGCUU